AUGACGGACCGCAUGUCCCUCUCUUCACUAAACAUUGUCCAGCUGCAAAGACCCGCAUCGCGUUUCCCGCUGCUCCGCAACCCCACACUAGCCACUAUGCCGCCCAAGGCAACACCGCCCGAAUUCCCCGUACAGGCGUUUCCUACGUGUACAGAUUUCGAAACCUUUCUCGAGCGCGAACAUGCCACGGCUCCCGGCCUCUACGUGAAGCUCGCCAAAAAGAAUUCUGGCACACCCUCAAUAACGGCAGCGGAAGCCGUCGAAGUAGCGCUAUGUUAUGGCUGGAUAGAUGGUCGCGCCAACGCCUGCGAUGAGACCUGGUGGACGGUACGCUACACACCACGGAGAGCGAACAGUAUGUGGUCUCAGAAGAACGUCGGGACGGUGGCACGUCUUAUUGAGACCGGCCGAAUGCGUCCUGCUGGCCUGGCUGACGUUGAUGCUGCGAAAGCAGACGGGCGAUGGGAUCGUGCGUACGCAGGGUCUGCUACGAUCGUAGUGCCUGAAGACCUCAAGAUUGCGCUUGCUCAGGUACCUGCUGCGGAAGCUCAAUGGGAAAGCAUGAACAAGGGCGAUCGAUACACAGCGCUGCUCAAGGUAGAGACAGGUACAAAGGCCGGAAGACCCAAAAGAAUAGAGAGCAUAGUUCAAGCGCUGGCAACAGGGAGACGCUCAAGUAGUAGUACUACUGCAGACAGGACAGCUCGGAAGGUUGCCAAGAGAGCUGAAAAGAACAGCGCGAACGCCGAACCCCACCGGGGUGUCGUCUGGAACGAAGCCAUCCGUGCCUCCCAUCGAUGGGCGUCUACAUUUCCGAUGCCACCUGCGAGCUCAAUCACCUACCCUAUCGACUUUACCGACAGAGAGAAGUCUUUGUUGAACAGCUACGCAGCCGUAUUUUUGAACAAGAACAAACACUUUAGUAGCGCUGAUGCGACAAGAGCAGAACUGGACACUGCCUGUGAUUUGAUACUGAAAGAUUGGCCGAUGAAGAAGGGAAAAACUCCGCGUAUUGCCCGGGUAGUCUUUACUGAGGCAAAGAACAAUCUUCUUCGUGCGGAGAAGGCCAACCUUCAGGAAAACGAGGAGAGCGCAAUGGGAACUGCGAGCAAGAGAGCAAGACGUAAGAGACCGCUUGUGGAGUCUGAAGACGAGGACUAG